AUGGAGGAGGAAGAAGAAUUAGGUGAAUUCGAUAAGUACCUAACCCCAAAAUCUUCAUCCGUCUUCGAAGAUACCACGAGAGCGUUGACUCAAGCGGAAGCCGGAGAGUGUCUCCACACGCUGGGAAAAUGUGAUUCCGGCCUCGGUUACGCUUACCUAGGUCUGAACGCGUCGAAUAAAGGCCUGACUGACAUCAAGAUUAUACCAUCGUUUAAAUACGUGCUUUACGUGGAUGUUUCCGGAAAUAGAUUAACAACCGAUGCUCUUCAGGUCCUUUCGACGAUGAAAUAUCUUUUAAUGCUUCAGGCUGACAGGAAUCAGGUGACUUCCGGCAACCUGGAUCCUAUGCCUUAUCUCCAGGUCCUCACGUUGAAUAAAAAUAAAUUAAAAAGCACAACGGGCAUUUCUCAUAAGCUUCUGGAGUGUCUGGAGUUGAACCAUAACAAUAUCGAAGAAGUAACUAUGAAUCCCUACGAUCUAGAGAAUUUGAAGACCCUUGAACUGCGUGGUAAUAUUCUGGUAACUACGAAUGGGAUAUUUUUCCCGGAGUUGGUACGACUGUAUCUCGCGGAGAAUCAAAUAGAAAGAAUAGAAGGCUUGGAGAUAUUAGUUAACUUGAAAAUUUUACAUCUGAGAAGUAACAAAAUAUCGAAUCUGGACGGAUUCGACUCACGUUGUGUUAAGCUUAGUUAUUUGAAUCUACGUAACAAUGAAAUCGCAAAAAUUGAUGAACUGGAGAAAUUAAAUUGUUUGCCAGCGUUGGAGACUCUAAUUAUUUUGGAAAAUCCUGCAGUGGCUGAGGGAGAAGUGGAGGAAGAGGUUAUAUAUAGGCGGAUUAUUCUGGCUAUAUUACCUAACCUGAAACGGAUCGAUAAAAAUCUAGUGCUUUACGAUGAGAGGAAAGAGGCUGCAGAAUUUCGAAGGCGAAUGGAUACGAUUCGCUGA